AAGAAUGAAAGAGCUACUUCGGUUCCUCUAAUUUCAAAAUGGUUUUGCUUGGGCAAAACACCAAGAAUAUGAUGAACUUUAUGACACUCAUCACAUUUCUACUCUUCAUAAUGCCUUCCAUUUCUUACUCCCAAAAUCUUGGAAACAACAUAUUACUCACUAACCGUAAGAUUUUCCCAAAACAAGAAACAAUUUCCUCUUACGCUGUUGUGUUUGAUGCUGGUAGCACUGGAAGCCGUGUCCAUGUUUACCAUUUUGAUCAAAACUUAAAUCUUCUUCAUGUUGGUAAAGAUGUUGAGUUUUAUAAUAAGACAACACCCGGUUUGAGUGCAUACGCGGAUAAUCCAGAACAAGCUGCAAAAUCUUUGAUUCCACUUUUAGAGCAAGCAGAAAGUGUGGUUCCUGAGGACCAGCGCUCCAAGACACCCGUUAGACUUGGGGCAACAGCAGGUUUAAGGCUUUUGAAUGGGGAUGCUUCUGAAAAGAUACUGCAAUCGGUAAGGGAUUUGUUGAGCAACAGAAGUACCUUCAAUGUUCAACCUGAUGCAGUUUCUAUUAUUGAUGGAACCCAAGAAGGUUCUUAUCUAUGGGUGACAGUUAACUAUGCAUUGGGGACUUUGGGGAAAAAAUUCACAAAAACAGUGGGAGUAAUGGAUCUUGGAGGUGGAUCGGUUCAAAUGGCAUAUGCAGUGUCAAGGAAUACAGCUAAAAAUGCUCCAAAAGUUGCUGAUGGAGAUGAUCCAUAUAUUAAGAAGCUUGUACUCAAGGGAAAAAAAUAUGAUCUCUAUGUUCAUAGUUACUUACACUUUGGUACAGAAGCAUCUCGGGCUGAGAUUUUGAAGGUCACUCAUAAUUCUCCUAACCCUUGCAUUUUAGCUGGAUUUGAUGGGACAUACAGAUAUGCUGGAGAAGAAUUUAAGGCCAAUGCCCUAGCUUCUGGAGCCAGUUUUAAAAAAUGCAAAAAGAUAGUUCAUCAGGCUCUUAAAUUGAAUUAUCCAUGUCCUUAUCAGAAUUGCACUUUUGGUGGAAUUUGGAAUGGUGGAGGAGGAAGUGGACAGAGAAAACUUUUUGCUGCUUCAUUUUUCUUUUACCUAGCUGCAGAAGUUGGUAUGGUUGAUCCAAAUAAACCUAAUUUCAAAAUUCGACCUGUGGAUUUCGAGAGUGAAGCUAAGAAAGCUUGUGCAUUAAAUUUUGAGGAUGCCAAAUCCAGUUAUCCAUUUCUUGCUAAGAAAAAUAUAGCUUCAUAUGUAUGCAUGGAUCUUAUAUAUCAGUAUGUGUUGCUCGUUGAUGGAUUUGGCUUAGAUCCAUUGCAAGAGAUUACAGCAGGAAAGCAAAUUGAAUAUCAAGAUUCUCUUGUGGAAGCUGCAUGGCCACUAGGCAAUGCUGUAGAAGCCAUAUCAUCGUUACCUAAAUUUGAAAAAUUGAUGUAUUUUAUUUAAGCUUCUUGAUAUAACUAUAAGAAGUCUAUGUCUAUCACUUUCUAAAUCAAAUAACCAGUUUUAGAGUUUCACA